GUGGCUAUGACCAAGUGUCACAAAUUACACGACUGGCUUCUGCUAUUGGUUCAAGAUACAUUGCAACUGCGACUUCUUAUCCUUUGUGGACUUGUGGUGGUGCUUCUACUUCUUAUCAUGCGGGAACACCUGGUACUCGGAAGCGAGCACGUAAUUCCCCUUCUUAUCCUGCGAACAAGAAUACGGGUAGGACCUCUUCUCAAGCUCAUAUGCCAAUGGGCGUGUGCUUUUAACCUUUGGAAACAAGAUGACCCCCGAAUUCAGAAUUGGAAUUUCAAUGCAGCCCCCGACUCAGCUUUGUCCUUCAGGAUUCACACCAUUGUGAAAAUAGGUGCCCGAGCUGUGCAAAUUGAGGAACCUUAUCCCGGGGAAGUGGUAGAAUUUUGCAGGUUGCUGAGUGCAGAGUUGAUGCAACAACUGCAGUAUUACAUGCCCAACUUGAAUUAUAAGUUUGGGCCAUAUACUGAAUACUUUAAAAGAAAGCAGGACAAGAGGAAUUGGUGGUACUCGUACGAGAAACAUGGAUAUCCUACUGGUAUGUCACCUCGUGAGUAUUUCUCUGUGGCUAUCCAAGUAUUUAGAGACAGAGUACCCACCGGAUGGGUCUCACUUUGGGAGACCCAUUGGAUUGUGUCGCCGCUGAUCUGA